AUCGAUGGCUUUUCAUAAUCAUCAGCGCUUGGAACGUCAAUGAUACAAUGUUGAAAAUGUUUCUUCAUCUGCAAAGAUAAUAACAACCGUUCCAAAUCUUCAGCGCGCUGUCCUGUCGUCGCUUGCAUACCUCCGACAGCAUUCCUAAACCAAAUGGGAGUUUCCAGGAAGUGGCCAUAUUGGAAGCACUACCAAGCUCGUUCCCCUGUGUCAGUUUACGGAGAGAGUGAGACGAGGGCAGUUAGUUCCCUUUUGCCUAGCUCGGCAUUAAAACGUAUACAUUCCGCACCAUGGCUGCUACGGAUGUAGACAUAUUUUCCAAUGAAGAAAAGCGUAACCUCAGUUUGGGCGGCCAUGUUGGUUUUGACAGCCUUCCCGAUCAGCUGGUCAGUAAAUCGGUGACACAGGGUUUCUGCUUCAACAUCCUCUGUGUAGGGGAAACGGGUAUUGGCAAGUCGACGUUAAUGAAUACACUUUUUAACACAAUGUUUGAGAACGAGGAGGCCAGCCACUACCAGAAUGGCGUGUGUAUGCGGCCCAGAACAUACGACCUCCAGGAGAGCAACGUCCACCUAAAGCUGACUAUUGUGGACACUGUGGGGUUCGGGGAUCAGAUCAACAAGGAGGAGAGUUAUAAACCGAUAGUGGACUAUAUCGACACACAGUUUGAAAACUACCUUCAGGAAGAGCUGAAAAUCAAGCGCUCCCUCUUCAACUACCACGACGGGAGGAUCCACAUCUGUCUGUACUUCAUCGCUCCCACUGGGCAUUCACUGAAGUCCUUGGAUUUAGUUACCAUGAAGAAACUGGACAGCAAGGUGAAUAUAAUCCCCAUCAUCGCUAAAGCUGACACAAUCUCCAAGAGUGAGCUCCAUAAAUUCAAGAUCAAGAUCAUGAGUGAGCUGGUGAGCAAUGGAGUGCAGAUCUACCAGUUCCCCACAGACGAUGAUGCAGUCACCGAGAUCAACUCCUCCAUGAAUGCUCACCUCCCCUUCGCUGUGGUGGGGAGCAUCGAGGAGGUCAAAGUUGGGAACAAAACGGUGCGGGCCAGGCAGUAUCCCUGGGGAGUAGUGCAAGUGGAGAACGAGAGCCACUGUGACUUUGUGAAGCUGCGUGAGAUGCUAAUCAGGGUGAACAUGGAGGACCUGAGGGAGCAGACUCAUGCCCGCCACUACGAGCUCUACCGCCGCUGCAAACUGGAGGAGAUGGGAUUCAAAGAUACAGACCCUGACUGUGAGCCAUUCAGCCUCCAGGAGACCUACGAAGCCAAGAGGAAAGAGUUCAUGGGAGACCUGCAGAAGAAGGAGGAGGAGAUGAGACAGAUGUUUGUCAACAAAGUGAAGGAGACUGAGGCAGAGCUGAAAGAGAAGGAGAGAGAGUUGCACAACAAAUUUGAGCAGCUGAAGCAUAUGCACCAGGAGGAGAAGAGGAAGGUGGAGGAGAAGAGGCGGGAACUGGAAGAGGAAAUGAACGCCUUCAACCGCAGGAAGGUGGCAGCUGAGACGUUGUCCUUAGCCCAGCCACUCAAGAAGGACAAGGACAAGAAAAACAGAUCGGUGAAGACUGAGAACCAGUCUGGGGUGAGCCUCUCCAACUCCAAGGUAAUGAUGGCCAAGGCUAGUGUGGAGCCUUUGAACUGUGAUAGCUGGUGGCAGGCCAUACAGUGCUGCACCUGCCUAGUCCACAAUGCCGCCUGGAGGCAAGGCCUCUUCUGAGAAUGAGCACCCACAGAUGAAAGGUGGGGGUGGCCAGAGAUCAACAGGGCAUGGAACUGCAAUAAUCACAAAAUACAGAAGAUGGAGACCAUCAUUAAUACAUAUCCACUGUUUCAUUCAUUCAUUCGUCACAAUUCAUAUCGAUCACGGACAACUUUCCACAUCUUCUCUUUAACAGCCAUUCCCAUAUUACAUUAUCUUCUUAGUAACCCCCCCAUCUGCCCCCUUUCCUUGCCUGGGGUGUGAUGCCCUCUUUGCUGUGUGCAGUGCUAGUCUGUCUCCCUGUUUUAAGACUGUUAGUGUAAAACCAACAUGGGGGGGCUACAUUUGUAAUGCCCAAACCUUUUUUUCUUCUUCUUUGUCACAAAAUUGUGAAUGCAUUUGCAUGUCUCCACUCUUUAGCAAAUAGUCAGCCAUGUUGUUUGAGCAAAGGAAAAACACUUUAGAAUUUCAGGUUGUCGUUUAACAGAUCUAGUGGAAAUGUUGAAAGAGCUCAUCUUUGAAUCCACAGCUCAAUCAUACAACUGUGUUAUGGUGGAAAGUAUGUGACAAUAUUCCUGUAGUACCCAUUGUUGUUUGAAAGACAAUGGAGAUAUGACCACUAUUUCGGUUGCUGAAUGCAAAGUACAUUUUCAGGGGAAUGUAAUUGUUGGAAAGUUUAUUUGAAAAGUAUUAGAGAAUUUAUUUUUAUUUAACUAGAUUUUCUUUGUAUCAUGUUUCUUUUUUGAAUUCUACAAUACUUGUAUUUUUGUAAUAAACCUAUUGUGAGCUAGGACAAUAUGGAAUAGUUCUUAUGGAUUAAACUAAAAUCUACACACAACUAACUGGUGAGACAUUCAUCAAUCUCUGAAAUGUUUCAGUAUUCAGAACAAUCUUAUGUUAUAAUUUGAGGAAAUUCUCACAUUGGCUCUGGUGUGAAACAAUGAAACUGCCCUUAAGUUUUACUUCACACCAAUAGAAUUCUGUUCAAGGAUGUUGGCCAAUGGUUGUGGUCUGCCAUGGUAACAUUGCAGAGACGUCUACUACUAGACUUGAGGAUGAAAUAUGUCUGGUAAUAGUUAGUGUUUGAUGCUUAUUUGACUUCCAGUUUGUGGUGUGUAGUAUAAAGUAUGGAUCUUUCCAAGAUGUCAAACUCCAGUGUGCCAUAAACAAUCUAUACAGCAUGGCAUUUUUUUUAAUGAAAAUAAAUAUGCAUACAUGACAGCA